AAUAACUAAAUAUCUAUUAUCAUUGUUAAGGAGAGGGCGCUGUGAGGAGGAGGAACGUUUCUGCCGGACUCUGGUUUCUCCGUACGACGGUCGGACCGAGCUGUGCGCGCACCCACGCGGCGCGUCGGGAGUUGCUAGACAACGGGCGCGGGGGCGGGGACGGCGUAGGCGGCGGCGGCGUCUGUCAUGGCGGCCCCCAUCCGACUUCGGCUUAGCGCCGGGACAGCCGGCGCGCCCUGGCGGCGCCUCUGGUCCUCGCAAGCUCGGGACCCCGCGGGGCCGCCGCCGCCAUCUGAGGUGGUGGACGUGGCGGCGCUGCUGAAUGACGCCUCGGUGGGCUCGAGCCCGAGGCACAGGCCUAGCUCUCGGCCGAGCCCCCAGGCCACCUCAGUGCUGCUCUUCCCCGGCCAGGGCAGCCAGGUCGUGGGCAUGGGGCGCGCGCUUCUGCAAUACCCGGGCGUGCGCACGCUCUACGACGUCGCCGGGCGCGCGCUGGGCUAUGAUCUGCUUCAACUGAGCCUACAAGGGCCGAGCAAGGAGCUGGAACGCACAGUCCGUUGUCAGCCGGCGCUCUACGUGGUCUCGCUCGCCGCCCUGGAAGCGCUGCGGCACCAGCGGCCCGAGGUUAUUGAGACUUGUGUUGCUGCGGCUGGAUUCAGUGUGGGAGAGUUUGCAGCCCUUGUGUUUGCCGGUGCCUUAGAAUUUGAAGAAGGAUUGCAUGUGGUCAAAGUCCGUGCAGAGGCCAUGGAGGAAGCGGCAGCGGCAAUACCCAGUGGGAUGCUGUCUGUGCUCGGUCGACCUCAGUCCCAGUACAAGGCGGCGUGCCUCGAUGCACAAGAGCACUGCCGGACCCUGGGCAUCAAGCAGCCCGUGUGUGAGGUGGCCAACUACCUGUUUCCUGACUGCAGAGUGAUUUCUGGACACCUAGAGGCUCUGCAAUUCCUCCAGAAGAAUUCUUCCAGGUAUCACUUCAAGAGAGCCAGGAUGCUGCCGGUCAGCGGAGGGUUCCACACGUGCCUUAUGGAACCUGCCCUGGAGCCGCUGGCACAAGUCUUAAAGAAAAUCGACAUAAAGAGGCCGUUGGUCUCUGUCCAUUCCAACGUGGACGGCAAUAAGUACAUGCAUGCCAAGCACAUCCGGCAGCUGCUGGUGAAGCAGGUCGUGUCCCCCGUGAAGUGGGAGCAGACCAUGCAUGCCAUCUACGAGCGCAGGAAAGGCAUAGAGUUCCCGCAGACCAUCGAGGUGGGGCCUGGGAGGCAACUAGGGGCCAUUCUGAAGAACUGUAACCUUAAGGCGUGGAAGGCCUACAGUCACGUGACUGUGAUGGAGGAAGACAAAGAGGAGAAGGCCCCAGAGGCCUAGCCCAGGCUGCUCUGUCAUUGGCUGGAUUGGACUGGAGGGUGCUGACCCCUAGGAACCCCUUUGGAGUCCCCACAACUGUCUGUCAGAGGGAGCCUCCCUCCCAGGGCUGCUCUCUGGAUCGGCUUGGGGCUGGCCAGCCCGAGGGAUGUACCAAUAGAAAGUUCUUGGCACUGUCAGAUCCUGUGUUCUUUGGUGGCUGUCUUGUUUCAGGUGUCAUUUAAAACAUGUCAUGGCUGGAGGAGAGAGUCAACCAGAGGACUGUGACCCCUUUAGGUCUGGUCCCAGAGGCCUAACCCCCAAUGCAGUGAGAUAAAUGUGAGAUGGGAGCCCCCCAAGGCAGAAGCACAGCCCCAGAGAUACCCAGCCCUGCACCGAAGGGCCCAUUGCCACAGCCUGGCCUCUGCUGGAAAGGCUCCUGGGAGGCAGAAUUCCUUCCUCCCAGGGCAGUUCCUUCCUCUGGGGGAAGAAGCUUCUCUUGACCUCCAUCCUCCCAAAACCUGCCUCUCUGCCCUUGGGCUCCUCCUCCUCCUCACAGUCACAUUGCAAAGACACAGUGCCCUUUUACAGGUGAAGAAACUGAGGCUGGAGAGGGAAGCAUGACAAGAAAAGGCUUGGUCCAGCACUCUCUCUGCCGUCCACGGUGUGACUGAGUACAUCAUGGGACCAGACCUGGGGCUCGAGGCACAGUCUUCCUGUUGCUGAGCUUCCUGACUCUUGGUUUGAGGGUGGUCGUUGGCUUGGGGGGCUUAUGGACAGCUUCGUGUCGAGGUUUUGAAAGGUGCCUGUGAUCUUGCAAGCCCAGUGGGCCUGCCUCCUCCUUGCCUUGCAAA